GUUUCCCCCCCCCCCCUUAGGGCUGCUCGCAUUUUUGGUCAAAUAUGUAUUUUAAUAUGCUAUUAAGUGAUCAAUGGUUGUGCUUGGUGGCAUUAAGGGGAUUUUAACGCGUUCGCAAUGGUGUUCUUCGACGAACCCAGCUAGCCUAGCCUUUCUUCGUCGAGGCUCCACCGUGAAGUUAGCAUCGAGCUAAAGCUAAAGCGGUCGAUUAUGGCGAUUGUGUCCGGCUCCUGCGCCCGGGUCAACGUCUCCCGGAGCAGCGGGCCCUCGGCGGCGGCAACGGCUCCGGCCCCUUCCCAGUCGUCCGGCCAGUCGCAGCCCAUGAUAGCCGUGUGGGAAUGGCAGGACGACCUGGGCCACUGGCGGCCCUACAGCGGCCAGGUAAGCGCCUACAUCGAGCGCUGCCUGUCGCCGCGGGGCCACAGGGGCGGCGCAGCAGGCGCCGCCACCAUCUGCCUGGGACAGUCGGACCCCGGCCUGUCGCCGUAUCUCAUCGACGUGGCCAGCCUGAAGCAGUUCAGACAGGACACGGGAAAGACCCGGUCGGUACGGCGCUCCCUGUUCGCCCAGUCGUCGGGCCUGGGCAGCGGCGUGUACUGGGAGUGGGCCAACGACGAGGGCGGCUGGACGCCCUACGAGACGCGCACUUCCAUCCUGUUGGAGCACAGCUACCAGGCCCGGCAGGGCACGGCCGACCUGGGCCCGCACGGCCACAACUACAUCGUGGACCUGACCUCCCUGGCCCAAGUCAACAAGUCGUCGGGCUUCAGGCGUCAAGUGCGGCGGCAGUGCAACCUGCCGUACCCGUUGGCCUCCUUCGGUCCUCCGGCCAUCCCGUCGGGGCCCUCGGUGCUCCCUGCCGGCGUCCCCCCCCUCUCCUCCUCCUCCUCCUCCUCCUCCUCUUCGGGGGGCCCGGCCUGCUCCUGUGUGCAGUGUUUGAGCCACGGGGGCACGGGUCCCAUGCCCAGCCGAUCCCGGCACUCUUUCUCGUCGGGCAGCCUGAACCGGCCCAGUAUGCAGGGGACGGGCAGGGUAGCGGCAGCGGCGCACCCCACAUCAGUCUACUCCCCGUACCCUCGGAGGCCCCUCUCCGUCGGGGGGAUAUCGUGGGGCGCCCCCUGGCGUCCGCCGCCUUCUGCUAGCCAGCUAGCUGCACCCCUUCUCAGCAGCUCGUCGAGCGCUAACGGCCUCAGCGUUCCUUCCAUCCCCAUUCAGCUCAACGGAUCCACCAGCGUCAGCUCGGCCCUGGCAGGCAUGGCCUCCAUUUUGAUGUCAGCGGUCGGACUGGGCGUGCACUUCACCACCACCGCCGCCCCCCUCCCGCAGCCUCCUCCGCCACCGCAUCAGCAUCUGCAUCAGCAUCUGCCGCCCCAGCAAUUCUCGCUCCCGCCGCCCGUCCAGUUCCCCCCUGCCAGCAGGCCCAGCAAGCCACCCGGCAGUGGCAGUUCAGUUAAGAGAGCCAAGAGGCAGCACAGGAGAGCUUCCGCUCAAAGAGCCGAGGAGGUGAUCCGACGUUACAUGGAGGUGGUGCCCGGCGUCCCGGAUGAGGACUGCAUCAUUUGCAUGGAUCAACUGUCCAAUCCCUCUGGCUACGAGACGCAGCCACCGCCGGCUACGGCACAGGAGAGCAGCCAGGGCAUCUUGCCGGACGCUGUGGGAAAGUUCGUCAAGUGCGGGCACACCCUGCAUAUGCUCUGCAUGCUGGCCAUGUACAACAAUGGCACCAAGGAUGGCAGCCUGCAGUGCCCCUCGUGUAAGACCAUUUACGGCGAAAAGACGGGCACGCAGCCAAAAGGCAAGAUGGAAAUUUACAGCAUUCCCCAACCGCUGCCCGGGCACCCAGACUGCGGCACCAUCCAGAUCAUCUACAGCAUCCCGCCCGGAAUACAGGGUCCGGAGCAUCCCAACCCAGGACAACCUUUCACCUGCCGGGGAUUCCCUCGUUUCUGCUUCUUGCCGGAUAGUGACAAAGGCAGGAAGGUUUUGGAGCUGCUGAAGGUUGCAUGGAUGCGCCGGCUCAUCUUCACGGUGGGCACGUCCAGCACCACCGGUGAGCCCGACACGGUGGUGUGGAACGGCAUCCACCACAAGACUGAGAUGAUGUCCAACCUGUCAGGACACGGCUUUCCGGACCCCAACUACCUGGACAACGUCCUGUCGGAGCUGGCCUCUCAGGGCGUGACCGAGGACUGCCUCAAGGCACCCGGCAGCAGCUAAGUCAUCAGUUGCCGAAAAAAAAAAACAUUUUUAAAACCCACUUAGCGAAAGGGAACCUAUUUUACACCGGGCUGCGGUAUAAACGCCAUUGGAAUUGGGGAGAAGAACCUGACAAUUUUUCCACCUUUGGAAGUCGUGUCAGAGGCUGGGAACAGAAUGUUGGAAUAAAAACGCGGUAUGCUGUUUGAAAGUGAACACGAUAAUAUCCCGCCUUCUGCUACGGUUCCGAUGCAGCUACAUUCCCGCAAACCUUAUAACAGAAAAUUAUUAUUUUUGCUGUUUAUUUUUCAUUUGUAGCUUCAUCUGCAUCAUCUGUGCCCCCCUUUUCCUGCUCCGUUGCUGUGACGGCACCGGCGCUCCAAUUCUCAUAAAGCACUUUAGUUGUGACGGUGCAUCACUUUAAAAAAAAAAAAAAAAGUUUAAAAAAAAAAAAAAAGGGGGGGGGGGGUGUUAUGCAAUUGAAAGCGUAGCAAAGAGACACCGCGUUAGCCUGAUUAAUGAGAAGUGGCAAGAGUUGCCGGGAGAGAAAAAAACUGUAGAAAAUUGAUUUAAUUAACAAGUGGUGACCACAAAUCAGUAAAGACACCUACUUUUUAAUACUCGUAUGGAUUAGUUAGCGUACUAAUCGAAUCAUGCAUCGUUUCAUGAGCUCAGUUCAUUUGGACUGAGCUGGAGACCGCUUGGCUAUCUAGCUCAAUAAUCAAGGAUCGACCACCAAUGUGUAAAGACGCGUACUUUAACACUUUUGUUAGCGUUUUCCCGAAUCCUUCAAUUUGACAAGAUUAUCCGGCGUAAGGAUGUAGACCGCUACGCUAGCAUCAAGAAUCAAGGGAAUGACAACAAAUGGGUGUACUUUAACACUUGGACCUUUUUAGGUUAGCGUUGUAGCCGACUCCUGCACGGCUUGAUGCCCUACCCUGACUGCCAAUCUGAAGAGGAAAGCCAAGAAAGUGCUCCAACGGUGACAAUCAAGGCCUCACUUCCUGUACUCACAUACAUUAUCCCGCCUCUCACGGCACAAGUCACUGCAAUAAAAAAAAGAUUGAUGUCGA